AUGCCGAUCGGGUCUCCUACCCUCUCCAAAGAAGAAGCAAGUUGUGAGGCUCACUUCCGGGAAACGCAUUCACGCUCAUCAACGGGCAGAUACAUCGUUCGGCUGCCCUUCCGCGCUUCGACAUCGUCUCUCGGACAUUCUCGCUCACAAGCUGAGCGUGCUCUUCGCCGGAUGCAACAGCGAUUCCAAGGAAACUGGGAUCUCUCUCGUCUCUACUCGGAAUUCCUCCAGGAAUAUGAAGCUCUUGGACACAUGCGGAAGGUCCCGCCGAUUAAGCCUCUAGCUCCCGCCUUCUUCCUGCCUCACCAUGGAGUGCUCCGCCCCAGUAGCACGACCAGUAAACUGCGGGUUGUCUUCAAUGAAUCCGCGCGCUCGACGUCAGGCGUCUCUCUCAACGAGUGUCUGCACGUCGGGCCGAAACUGCAGCAGGAUCUCGCCGACGUCCUGCUUCGCUGGCGUCGGCACUCCUUCGUUUUUCUCGCUGAUGUCGAGAAAAUGUAUCGACAAAUCGAGGUGCACCCGGCAGAUCGGGACUUUCAGCGAAUACUUUGGAGUCCGGAUGGAGAGCCUGACGAGUAUCAACUCUCAAUCGUAACUUACGGCUUGUCCUGCGCUCCAUUCCUCGCUCUUUGUGUUUUACUGCAGCUCACUGACGACGAGGGCCCCCGGUUCCCAGACGCUGCACCCAUCCUCCGCCGGAAGAUGUAUGUCGACUACGUGCUCUCCGGAGCGGACACGCUCACUUUAGCGAAAGCUAAAAUCACGCAAUUGGAUGGACUCCUCAAGGCGGGCGGCUUCCAGCUGCACAAGUGGAUGGCCAACGACGAUGGCCAUCAUCUCCGGAGUCAUCGGCGAUUUCAACCACCGGCGCCCAUCAGCGUUCUGACCAAGCGCAUCGUAUUGUCGCGCCUUGCGCAACUCUUCGAUCCGCUGGGAUGGGCCACCCUCAUUCUCACCCCGAUCCGGGCAAAGAUUUUCAUUCAAGAUCUUUGGAGGCUUCAGAUUGAAUGGGAUCAGCCGAUGCCACCGCUAUGGUCUCAACGAUGGAUGGAUUUCGAGGCCGAGCUCGGAGCAAUUUCCUCUCUCUCGCUGCCCCCGAUGGGCUCGUGGCUCACCCAUCUUCCGUCAUUCCACGGCUUCUUGGAUGCGUCUAACGACGCUCUCGGUGCCGUUCUCUACCUCCGGAGCACCUCCAACGACGGCGCUAUUCGUGUCUCGCUUAUCGCUGCGAAAAGCAAGGUGGCGCCUAUCAAGCGCGUCACCAUCCCGCGCCUUGAGCUUUCCGCUGCCGUUUUACUCGUCCGGCUUCUCUUACGGCAUGGCUCCAAGAUCAUCCUUCCCGCUGGAAAGAACUUCGUCGCCAAUCGGGUGUCGGCCAUCCACGAGUUGGCCCCCGAGGCAUCGUGGCAUUACAUAAGUGGAAUCGACAAUCCAGCGGACUGCGCGUCUCGCGGAUUGUCUCCUCGCACUUUCAUCCGGCAUCAGCUUUGGUUGAAGGGACCCUCAGCACUCAGCUGCGACACUACGUCGUGGGAAACCUCCAUCCCUCCAGUCGAAUCCAGCAUCAAUCUGGAGGAACGAGCAACUGUCUCCAACCUCGCCACUCCUUCGUUCGGUCCCAUUUCGGAGCUCGUCUUCCGUUACUCCAAUCUAACUCGUUUGCUUCGUAUUACAGCUUGGUUGUUCCACGCUUGCUCUCGUUUCAAAGGCACGAAGCCAUCCUGUCGACCACCGUCGCUGACUCCACAGGACAUCACUCAAGCAGAACGCUUCUGGGUGCGCACAGUUCAGCGAGCUCACUUCGGACGGGAGCUCGCGGUGCUGACGCGGGAAAGAUUCCUUCCACGCCCUUAUCCUUUUUUACGUCUCACGCCAUUCCUCGACGCCGACGGAAUCUUACGCAUUGGGGGUCGGUUGCGGAAUGCUCUGAUCGACCCAGACGCUAAGCAUCUCAUCCUAAUGCCACGGGACGCUUUUUUCUCGCAUCUGCUUAUUGAGGACGCCCACUCUCGCACCAUGCACGGCGGCGUAUGUACAACUGGUGCUCUCGACUCUUCGGCGGAAGUUCUGGAUACUCGGAGGCAGGGCGCCCGUCAGCUCAUUCAUCCGCUGAUGUGUUCGGUGCGUUCGCUACCGAGCCGACACUGCCAAGGAGCUCAACUUCCGCCAUCCCGAGUCGUUCCCGCCCGUUUCUCAACUCUGGCGUGGACUACGUCGGUCCGUUUAUGCUCAGAACGUGGCGCGGCCGUGCUAGCCGCUGUUAUAAGGGGUUUCUCGUAA